AUGAAGUUAAGAAGAUUUGAUUAUUUUAAUAUAUUUUAUUUAAAGGCUGAAUACAUCUAUAAUUGGUCAUCAAAAUAGAGUAUUAUAUAAUAUUAAUCUAAGCCAAACUUUAAAAGGGCAUGAUAAAGCAUUCAUUAGAAAGAAUUUCAUAACAAAUGAAUUUUUUUAGAAAGCUUCAGAGGAGAUUGUAUAAAAGCUUCAGAGGAGAUUGUAUAAAAUCUUUUGAGGAGAUUGUUUAAAAGCUUCAAGUGUAAAAUUUGAAAAAUUCUUAAAUUAAUUACACAAGUAUUCUAUAAUUAGUAAUAUAGCACAAUAUUAAAAUUAUAUAGAGCAUCAUGCUAAUUUUAUAUGA